GUUUAACCUUCUUGUUUCUAUCAAGUCAAAUAUGUCCUCCGGCACCUCGUCCCCAGCAGAAAUAUGUCUGGCCGUUGCCAUCGACCAUCGGAUUCGUUCCCUCUUCAAACCUAUCCGCACCAAAACGCAGGUCAGGAUGCAAGGAGACCAUGUACAUGCACAACUGCUAGAAAGCCUUGCUGUUCAACGGAACGACAGACAUAUAUCUGAAGAUGAAGUUGAUGUAACUCUUGAAUUGUCAGGGCCCCGAACUACCGGAGGGAUCACUGUGCUACUACAGCAGCCUUGGAAAUUUCAUCCCUAUUGGAAGGGAAUUGAAGCGGUAGUCAACGAAUCACGAACCCUCUCUGCAGUGGACGAAGCGUUCAAUGCUGUCUCAUGUGGGACUAUCUCGACAGGGAGCUCAGAAUUGUCUAUCAUCGAUUCCCUACCGUAUGUCAGACCGCAGGACAAGCUUUCGAGUGGGGACAAGUUGAGAAUACGCCGGGUCACCAGCCGCAUCAUCAUGACGAAAAAUCCAGAGAUAGUACUUUGUAUGUGGGGCCAGGCUAAGCAUAGCGAAACUACUCAGACUAUGUCCGAGCUUCGAAGCUUGGGUGUUGGCCGUGAUUUUGAUGAACCAAAAUUAUCGUUACAUCUUGGAUCAGGUAUCGAAAGAGUGAACUCUUUUCAUCCGAGCUUUGCAAAGAAUUACAAUCCUUACGACAGUUGCUUUCGUCAACUAUUGCUUUUAAACGUUGCGAAAGCGUGUCGUAUAUAUGAAGGUACCUGGAGCGAGGAAGAGUGGAUGGACGAUUUGAAGAAAAGGUGCAGAGAUGAAGCCAGAGCCGGAAUAAGUAUAUCACCUUAUUGUUAUCCUAGCAGGCAGUCUUUGCUAACGUCACUUAGACCGAUGUAA